AUGGAUGAUAUUUAUGUUGUUGAAAAUGUAGAAGAUGUGGAGGAUGUUGAUGUUGAUGACUAUCAAUCAGCAGGUCAACAAGAGAUUGAAGAUUGUUUCAAUCUAGUUGUUGAAGAGGUGUCAGGUGGCAAGGAUACAAGAUAUCCAAUCGUCGAACUACCUCCAGUCAAUCUGAUCAUCACAAUCGAUGAUCAAUAUCCAAGUUCAUCACCUCCAUACCUCUGGCUUGGUUCAUCAUGGUUGUCAAUGGAGAGCAUGGAGAGGAUGAUCAAACAUAUGGAUACAUUCUGGAGUCCAGAUCAAUCAGUGUUGUUCCAAUGUAUUGAGUGGGUGAGGGAUGAGUCAUUGGCAUACUUGGGCAUCGAUCAGGAUUAUAAGAUUGAUAACUUGAUGAUUGGUGAGUGCAAAGAGUCAUUGCGAUCAGUUUGGUUUGCAGAGCAACAUUGGAACAAGUACCUCAAAUCAUGUGUACCAUCACUGUUGGAGCACAACUCUAGACGAUUCAAGAUCAAGUUCUUUGACAACCAUCACACAUGUCCCAUCUGUUAUGAUGAAUAUCCUCCCGAUCAGUUCUACAUCCUGGCUUGUGGGCAUCAUCAAUGCAAGGAGUGUACAAGUCAGACUUGUGUGAUCAACAGUGCAGAUGGAAGACCAGAGAAUAUAAAGUGCUCGGAUGUUGGAUGUGGCAAGAUGAUUGAUGACGCAAUUGUCAAGUCGAUAUUGAAACCGGCAGAUUAUGAAAGGUUCAAACUGUCACUGGUUGGUCUGAUGGGUACACUACAAUGCAAGCGUUGUCAUGAGUUUGCAGCGCGAUACGACAAGAAGUGGGACACAGUCACUUGCGAUGGAUGCUUCUACUCGCAUUGCCACAAGUGCGACACAUCAUGGCAUCCAGGAGUCAGCUGUGAUACUGACUAUAACAAGAGAGCAUUAGAGGAUAAGGUCUUAUUCAAUGUGGAUUCCAAACGACUGCCAGUAGUGACCGAGUUGAAGACAUUGGAGGCCAGGAUAGAGGAUCAGCGCAUAACAGCCGAGGAGGCCAGGUCCAAGGCGGCCAAGUUGUUUGACAAGGUGUUUAGCUUCCUUUCCAAACACAAAUACAGCUUCAAACCAUGUCCACGAUGCUCGGUACUCAUCGAGAAGACGAGUGGCUGCGCCAAGGUCAUCUGCUACAUGUGCAAGAAGCCCUUCUGCUGGGACUGUCUCAUGCCCAUCGAGGACUACUCGCACUUUGGUGAGUGUGCAGCCGAUGCCUCGAACGAAGCGGUCUUUAUGGAGCGUGUCCAGGACGUCAUAUACAAGGUGGCCCAUGAGAAGGUGCCCGAGAGGACGGCAUCAAUCUACAGCUACUCAAGUUAUAACAACCCAUCGAUUGCCACAAGGACCAGAGAUCUGCACAGUGAAUGGACUAUCAAACAACGACAUAAGCAGCUUCAACUUGUGAAGCCAAAGGGUGAGAAGAAGACUGUCAACUGUCCAAUAUGCCAAGACACGCUUCAAAAGAAUGCGAAUGGCGACAGGAUUGUAAAGUGUGGCGAUUGCAACUCCAAUGUCUGUGUCGUCUGUGUAGUUUCAGUACGAGCAGCCAACCUCAAUAGACACACGUGCAAGGUUGAUACCCUGGCCACUAUCACUACAACAUCAACUACAUCAACGACGACCACAGCAAGGAGGUGA